CCAGUUGAAUACGUAUGAAAGUGUGUUCACAUCCAGGAGGGUGGAGUGUGGAGGACACUGAAAAGCACAACGUCUCGUCCUAAACCGGAUUGAGUGGCAACUGAAGACAGCAGCAGCAGCAGCAGCAGCAGCAGCAGGCUAAACAGAUAAGAAAAUGAGCUCUGGAAUAAAAGACCCUCCACCCUACAUCAUACCGGUGGAGACCCCGGGGGACAACGUGAAGGUGUACAAGGUGCACACGGGGUUCGACCCCAAGGGCUCUUCUGGCAAUUCAGAUUACAGAGUGCCGACCCAUAUCUCAACAGCUCAGACCACCUCGUGUGACAGGAACAAGUUUGUGAGUUAUGAGACAGAGCUUGGACGCUCCCCCGGCAUGGUCACCUGCACCAGCUGCCAGGAGCAAGUGCUCACCCAUGUCACCUAUAAAGUGGGAAUGUACGCCUGGCUCAUGUGCCUCCUCUUCAUCCUGUGCGGGUUGGUGAUUGGCUGCUGCCUUCUGCCGUUCUUCCUCAAGUUCUUCAAAGACGUCUAUCACUCCUGCCCCAAGUGUCACCGUGUCCUGCAUGUGGAGAAGAAGCGGUGUUGCUGACCCCGGCCGACUUCCUCGCUGGGAAAUAAAACCCAAACACAAAACAUUGUCAUCAACAUCUAGUCGACGUGAUCAUGUGUAAUCAUGAGAUUAGCUGAUGGACACUGGCACACUUUAUUACUCUUACCAUGUAUUGUUAUGAUCAUUACUCCUUCUGCAACACACUACUGCAGUACACGACCGCGACGUAAAGGAACUCCGUCGCUUCGACUCCGUUUCAGACACAUGCAGAUUAGAAGGCUUCUAUUUUUGAACGAUCAGCGUUUUUCUGAUUCACAGCUUUUCACGAGCUUGGGUUCUUUUUUUUCGCUCUGUUUUCAGAUAUUCAGUGUUCUUGUUCGUUUAAUUUCGGAGCUGGACAGAGCAAACAAACGUAUCCUGGACGCUAACUUUCCUCAGAGAAUCGAAAUUAUUGACAGCAUCACGAUUAAAAGUGACUAAAAAGUGAAAUCUUUGCAGUUUAACAUAUUACACAUCCUAAAUUCCAACAGAAUAAUCAGUUUAUUAGCAACUGUUGUAAAAGAUUCUCCUGCUAAUGCUAAUCGUUUAGUUCAUCGGAGCGAUCCUGACAGGAUUUUUUGAAAUAUUAUUCCUUAUAAACGAUUAUCUUUUUCAUUAGAAAUGCAGCUUAAACAAGCUAGUCUGACAGAAAAUACCCAACACAAAACAAAAACCGUUCGCCAGCUAGCAUACUCAAGCUAACCUGUAAAAAGAUUCACUCCCACUAGUCAAUUAUUUAAAUUAUAGUCUGCUAAGGCUAUCUAGCUAGCAAACGUGCUAAUGUGAAAUUAUUUUAAAAGUAAAUAUUUCUAAGUAUUGUUGUCACUAACGCCUGCUAGCUAGCUAACUUGAGCUAACCUGACAGGACAUCUAAAGAAAAUUGACCGAGGUUCAUUUGUAUUAUUGGAUUAUUUUUAAGCUAAUUGAUGCGACUCAGGCAGGAACGCUAGCGUUUGGGACAAAGCUGUGGACUGGAUGGAAAAGCACUGAUCUACAACCAGAGGGUGUUUAAGUUCCUCUGGACUCGAACACGAUCACACAAAGACAUAAAUCCGGUGUUUUAUAUGAAGGAAAUUAUCAUUAUAUUAUAAUUCUGGAUAUUUUGAGAUUUGAGGAUUUUUGAGAGGAAUUUGUGGGUGUGAUUAUUAUCAGGGGCGUUCUGGGCUCUGCAAGUGUUAUAGAAAUGAUUUACGAUACACUCCUACACACACACACACACGCACACAAACGUUAUUAAAAUAUACACUAGUCAAAUUAGUAAAAUGUAGUAGGUCCAUUGGAAAGCCCUGUGCGUUGUACAUAAUUCUUAUCAAAUCGGAUUUAUUAUUAAAGGUAUAUUUGUAUUGCAAUGUGGAGGCUCUGCUACAGUGAUCUACAAGUCGAUGUAAAUGAAUCUCUGCCUUAAUAAAAAAAAAAAAUGUAUACAAUUUUAC